UAAAAGUUAUAUUUCGUAUUUAGAUUACCUAAGUAUAAAGGAGUUAUACAUUCUGUCUUUGAUUUCAAAGACAAAAUGUUCAAAAUGAAUGGUUCUAUCAGACGAAACGUCAUUCAAAGUCAGUGUAUUCAUAAAAUAAUCAUGUGUUCGUGAAAUAGUAAAAAUGUGUCUUCUAAAUUAUAAAAAUGUAGUUAAAUAGCAGAAAUGUUCGAUCGGCACCACUUGACGGAUUGGGCUGCUGGUGGCACAGCUCACCACCGCUUGUGGUGACUCCAAAGUAAAAACAACUGUCUGUGAAACGUAAACGGGAACCUUGAACAAUGACCGCAAACCUUGAAAACGUCGGACUGUACCUUACCCGAAGCAGCCCUGCUCUCAGCGAGCGCCUCUACGAUACCAGCGUUACGGAGUCCUCCAUGCUCUGUAUCGUGGAGUCUGACGCCAGCCACUCCAUUAGUUGUCACACGUUAUUCCAGACUUGGCAACCAUAUUUGCCGGAAAAUUGCCUAAAAUUUGCUGGUGGGAGUAUAUUGUCUCUGGACUCCGAGAUCGUGUUGCCCCCGGCACGGGCGCUAACUGACUACAUCUCCAGUAGAGGCUCCGCAGGGAGCCAGCAGCUGUUCAGUGUUAGCAAAACUGCUCAGGACCUUAUCAACGACUACUUAGAACAAGAAACAAACCCGAGCCGCCCAGCUACAGUAUACCCGAAGAGAAAAAUAAAGGUUAACCAAAAGUCACAAUCUGAUAUUGAUGUCACUCCCAGUUUAUAUAAGAGCAGUAUACAUACAUUAGACCAGAGUAUUGACUCUACAUCCAGUGGUAAUAUUAUUGAAAGUAAGGCAGUCGAUUCCGUAAUAAUAUCACCCACCGACAACUUCCGGGCCGAAGCGUGUACAUCUCAAAACGAUGCUUCGAAAAAUCGAGGACAUGUCAAAGUCAAGGGCGCGGCCAGGUCGGCCAAAUCCAUCUCUCACCACAACCAGUGCAGGAGCUACACCCGCAGGUGCCACGCGCACACCUGGGCCUCCAACUCCAAGUCCCAACCGUUCCUCGACCAACCCGUCUCCACCGUAUGCUCAUCCUUAGACGUCACCGCGGCCGCAAAGUCACUAGGCGAAGCGUUGGCAGCAAAACUACAAUCGCUAUUAUAUUCAGGCACUUCCAAUCGAAAGUGCAGUUGUGAGUGUGGCUGUCAAUCCAGUGUUACUCGAACUAGCUCACGUCACUCUGGCGUGCGUGAAGAAAGCGGAACAAAGUGCCUAGGCCCUCUAUGCGGAAAUAAAUUAAAGAUUGAUAAGCAAAACGAAAAAAAUAACUGCUCAGGCUCAUUGUGCUACAAAUCGCUGUCACAGAAAUCUUAUUUUGGACAAGAUAUGACUACUACAGUGAAUAAAAAUAUUUCCAAUACUCAAGAUCAUCCACUUUGCAAGCCACCCUGCGUAGGAUCACUUUGCCGCGAACGUUCUAAAUGUAAUGAGCAACUGAACAAAAAGACUCCUACGGAAGUAAACACAUCUGAGGCUCCCGGUCCUGCAGAAACAAAAACACUGCCUCUUGUGCCGCCAUUAUUAAAAGGGCACUGCACCGAUUCUGAGAAUUGCCGAGUCAAGACACCCGAGUCACAAACCCGACUUGCGAGUUCAACGACCAUUGUACUGAAGGCCCCGUGCCUCGGGCCCGGCAAGUGCAUAAACGAAUCUCUUGACUCACAAACCAAGUGUCCAGGAGGUUGUCAGGCCAGGAUAAGUCGUAAUGUUAGUGAUAAUAAACAAUGUGGACGAGUACAAAGUAAACAACAUCAUUCAGAAUCAAAGACCAGGGUCGAAGCACCGAUUUGGAAAGACUCAUGUCCGGGGUUCGAAAAAUGUAAACCUAAAACACCGCCACUAACCAGAUGCCCAGGUGGUUGUAAAGUCAAAGACCCUGAACCAGUUUUACCAAAACCUGCUGCACAAUCACCGAUUUGGAAAGACUCAUGUCCGGAGUCCGAAAAAUGUAAAAACAAAACACCUCCACUCACCAGCUGCCCAGGUGGUUGUAUAGUCAAGGACCGUGAACCAGAUUUACCAAAACCAGCUGCACAAUCAUUGGUUCGGAAAGGCUCAUGUCCGGGGUUCGAAAAACGUAAAUCCAAAACACCGUCACUAACCAGAUGCCCCGGUGGUUGUAAAAAUAAGAACUAUGAACUAUCUGAACAAUCACCGAUUUGUAAAGACUCAUGCCCGGGGUUCGAAAAAUGUACACACAAAGUACCCCCAGUCACCAGCUGCCCAAGUUGUGAUAAAGUCAAGGACUCUGAACCAGAUACACCAAAACCGGUUGCACAAUCACGUGGUUGGAAAGGCUCAAGUCCGGGGUUCGAAAAACGUAAAUCCAAAACACCGUCACUAACCAGAUGCCCAAAUUUUUGUAAAGACAAGAACUUUGAACUAUCUGAACAAUCACGAAUUGGGAAAGACUCAUAUCCGGAGUGCGAAAAAUGUAAACACAAAGCACCUCCACUCACAAGAUGCCCUGGUGGUUGUAAAGUCAAAGACUCUGAACCAAAUUUACCCAAACCUGCUGCACAAUCACCGAUUUGGAAAGACUCAUAUCCGGAGUGCGAAAAAUGUAAACACAUAGCACCUCCACUCACCAAAUGCCCAGGUGGUUGUAAAGUCAAAGACUCUGAACCAAAUUUACCAAAACCUGCUGCACAAUUAACGAUUCGGAAAGACUCGUAUCCGGAGUGCGAAAAAUGUAAACACAAAGCACCUCCACUCACCAGGUGCCCAGGUGGUUGUAAAGCCAAGAACUCUGAACUAGGUUUACCAGAACCAGUUGCACAUUGCAGAUCGUGUCGUUCUGGAGGUUACGAGAUACCUACACCCCGUCAGGCCAGAACGCCAAAAAUUAACGAAACAUGUCAAGCUACGUCCCAACCGCAAGCCACAUGUCGAAAAGUCAGUUCAUCCAAGCCCUGCAGCUCAAAUUUAAGCUCUAAUAUCGAAGUGCCAUGUCCAGGAGUCAGAAAAUGCAAAGACAAGACAUCUGAUCUGCCAAACGAUAAACUAGCCAAGUAUAGUGUAGCUCACGAAGGCAGACAUCGAGACCCUGCUUUUAAGACAUUUGAGCAGCAAUGUCCUUCGAUUUCUCCAAGUGUAGUUUCGCUGACUUCACGUCUUCCACCAUCUGAAGUACCUGCACCUUCAAGCGGAAGAUUAAAACGCCUAAAACUAGAGAUACAAAUGCGGAACGUUGGCACUGGGUCAUACUUGCCUAGCCCCGCUCUAUCGUUCUCGUCUACAGGAAGCUGGGGACGUGAAAAAUCUAGACAAAAGCAAAAUACCUCGAAAAACUUGCGAAACAUAAGUGUAGGACCCGACCGGCCGCUUAGUGACACAAAAAAAUCACAAUGUUGCGGUCCAUGUUAUUAUUUUUCGGGAUCUGCGAAAUUAACACAAGGCACCAACACGGGACCCGAAAUCAUCAAUGUCUCGCUGGCUUGUGGUGAUGACUAUAUGCCUAAAGAAACCAGAUGUUUAGCUGCUUGUGCAACCGCUGCCAGACCUGCAAAUGAUGUAAUCUCUGGAAUAAAAUCAGGAAAAGUUAGAGAAUCAAGGUUUGAUGUAAGUAGUUCGGCACACAUAGAAUUCAAAAACAAUGCAACAAAGUCGGUUGAUACUGUUAACUGUUGCCCAUGUGUUACACAUGCAAAAUCUCUUGAGCAACGUCACACGAACACAGAGCCUUCAAAAUCUAGUACCGCCGCCGGGCCCGGACCGUGCUGUGGGGACUUAGGAUUUACCAUCAUCCAGCAACGCGGAACUAAUACGGGACCCGAAUUUGGAUCCGGUGAAAUUCACGGAACAAAUUCAUGCUAUGUGAUAUUCAAGAGAACCAAAACUGGCUUAUUACGUCCUUGUUGUACUCAUGAAGGGCUGAGAAAAUCCAAAGAGAAAAAAUGUUCAUGUACAGGGAAAUCUAGUGACAAUGUAUCGAAUAGACCCGCUAUAAAAAUAUCUCGAUCAGUUACACAUAAAACAAGUACAGCGAUAAAAAAAUCUAUUUUACGAUCUUGCUGCAGCUGCACACGAGAGGUGCAGGCAAAAGCCAAGAUUUCGAGUCGUAGCAUUGGCAUCGGUUCCGAUUUUUGUCUGGGCAGACCAACACGUUGUGCCGCAACGAAUACACCCCAGUGUGUCAUCGUUCCAGACCCAGUGAAACCCAGAUCCUGCACAACAGUAGCAACCCAAACGAAUACAUCCCAGUGUGUCAUCGUCCCGGACCCAGUGAAACCUAAAUCCUGCAAAACAGUAGAAACUCAAAUGAUUACACCCCAGUGUGUCGUCGUUCCAGACCGAGUAAAACGGAAAUGCCGCAAAACAGCAGAAACUCAAAUGACUAAAAAGCAUAACAUACCAUGUAAGGAAGCGGCUAAACGAAAAAAAACUACAUAUAUACAAACACUCAACAAAUUUUGCGCUAAAUAUUUUCGUUGUUUUGGAUACCGUCCAAAAACAUGUCCUGGCAAGAUUCCACCAGAAAAUGAAUCCAAUUGCGAUAAGCCCCUUUGUCCGAGUAAGCAGGACCUAGCUACAAGUGACAAGUGCGCGUACGACCGGAUAUUUAGCGACCAAUCACAGGAAAUUAGAAGCCAGCAAGAGGUCUUAAAUCUACAGGAUCCUACCACCCAACCCAAGUGUGAAAAGAAGUCACGUCGUGAGACAUCCUGCUGCUCCAAACUAGAUAGACAGACACAACCCACAAGCCAAGCACAGAGCAUCAAUAGCAGAAUGCCCGACUCUACACAGACAAUCAGAAACCAGGAAGAGGUCUUAAACCCACAAGAGACACUCACCCAACUCACGUGUGAAAAGAAGUCAGGUUGUGAGAAACCCUGCUGCAAACUAUAUAGAGAGACUCAACCCAGAAGCCAAGCACAGAGCAUCGAUACCAGAAUGUCCGACUCUACACAGGCAAUCAGAAACCAGGAAGAGGUCUUAAAUCAACAAGAGCCACCCACCCAACCUACGUGUGAAAAGAAGUCACGUUGUGAUAAACCCUGCUGCAAACUAUAUAGAGAGACUCAACCCAGAAACCAAGCACAGAGCAUCGCUACCCAAAACUCCGACUCUACACAAUUAUGUCCUAAAAAAAUAGGACUCAACAAAAAGGAGCUCCCUAGUAACUCCACAACAAACAAAACUUCCCAGACGAACAGAAGUCAAACGACAUCCAUAGAGAGCUGUAAAAAUCCUUGUUGUCCCUUCAAGGGUUCACAGAUAUCUGAAAAUCAGACGUCAAUAGAGAGCUGUGGCAACCCUGAUUUUGCUUUUGAAGAUUCGCAGACGAGUGGGAAUCAAACUACGUCCAUAGAUAGUUGUGUAAGUCCUAAUUUCCCUUUCAGAGAUUCGCAGACAGACCGAGAUCAAACUACAUCAAUAGAAAGCUGCACCAAUCCCGAUUGCCCUUUUAAAGAUUCACAGAUGGAUGAACAAACUACGUCCUUAGAAAGCUGCGACAAUCCUUGCUGUCCUAAUAGGGAAUCUGAAGCAAACAGAAAAACUUCAUCCAGACGAAGGUGGGCAAGUCCUAGUCCUUAUCAAGACACGCCGGGUAACAACAAUCAGCCUGCGACGCUGUUUUGUAACAGACAGCCCACAGUUAGUUGUAGAUUUCCUUCCUGCUGUCGAGUAAAAGGUCCACAAAUGCAGAGCAGUGCAACCUCCCGCAGGAUGUUACAAACAACAAAAAACAAUGUGCAGCAGUACAAUAAUGAGAAAACCCAUUGGGCCAAGUCCUGCUGUGGUAACACCUUUCGGAGCAAACGGGAAACCAUACAGGCUAACAGUUUUCAUAACUGUAAAGCUAAUACGCAAUGUGCAUGCUGUUCGAGGCACAUGAUCCUGACUAGCAUGCACCGAAGCCCAACCAAUUGCAGAUCUGUCUGUUGUUUCGAAGUUUUACAAACUAACGAACACCCGCCAUGCGUAAACUCAUACCCCAGUGCUGAUUCACAAUCAUACCAGUCUAACAAUGAUGAGCGCGAUGAAGAAAAAUCCAGUAAAAAUAAGUGUUGUGAGUAUACACAGGAGACACAGACCCAAUCAGUGGAAAUGCACUACAAGCCCGUACCACCAUACUCAUCCAAACUCUCAAGUCGAAAGGGAUUGUGUUUGAAAUUCCGGCCGGUUGCACAAAAGACACUGAAAUACUUCGCGAGAGCGGCACAGGAGCAUCCUUCCAGACCGCAGAAGGUUAAGGACCACUCCUCCAAUCCACAGGAAGUAGGAGACUACCCUCCUCGUCCUCAGGAGAUAGGAGACUACCCCACCAGUCCGCAGGAGUCACAGCGCUACCUGGUGAGCCAGCAGUGCGACUCCUCCAGUCCACAAAGUUAUUCCACUAGCGCUCAAGAUAGCGUCUCACGGCCACAAGGGAGACAAGGCUACCUUUCCACGCCAAGAUGCGAUCCUGAGUGUUCAGAGAGCUACCUCACCACUCCAGGAUGCGACCUAGAGUGUCCAAAGGGUUAUUCCGAAUGCGCUCAAGAUGGCGCCUCACGUCCACAAGGGACACAAAGCUACCUCAGUACUCAAGCAUGUAACCCUGAGUGUCCACAGGGCUAUUCCGGGUGCGAUCAAGGUGGCGCCUCACAUUUACAAGGGGUACAGGGCAACCCCACCACUCCACGAUGCGAGCCCGACUGUCUCCAGCGCUGCCAAAGACCAGUCUGCCCACCAUACUUAGAACGUGACUCAAACAGGCCAGCACUACUGUCCAUAUCAUUCACUCAAACUGAAUUCCCUUACGAAGAAAUUAAACCUGAAAAACGGGCAAAGCAGAAGAAAAAAUCAAGAAACGCAACUAAAUCGAAAGAAAUAGUACAAGGAACCGAUUAUCCUUGUGCUCAAGUCUACCAAGAUGACCCGGUACCCUGCGGAAGCGCGUUAAGUUUGAAUUCUUCAGAAGGCAGCUCUCUAAAAUCAGAAAAUUCGGCAACAUGUGUAAAUUCAAAAAAAGUAAAGUCACAGAAAGCACUUAAAUCGAAAAAACAAUCAAGAGUAGUCGAAAUUCCAUGUGUCAACAUAUCGCAGCAACAAAUUACGCCCUGCGGUAGUAAUUCUAGUUUAGCAAUGUCAAGAAGAGCUAGUACUGACGGUUCAAAAAAAUCAUCAAAAUCGGUAAAACAACCCAAAGUAAAGCCACCAAAAGCAACAAAAUCCAAAAAACAAUCAUGGCAAGCAGAAAUUCCAUGCGACAACAUAUCUCAGCAAAAAAUUACACCCUGCGGCAGUUAUUCUAGUUUGGCAAUGUCGAAAACAGCUAGUACUGACGGUUCAAAAAAGUCAGCAAAAUCGGUAAAACAACCCAAAGUAAAGCCACCAAAAGCAACAAAAUCCAAAAAACAAUCAUGGCAAGCAGAAAUUCCAUGCGUCAACAAAUCUCAGCAAAAAAUUACACCCUGCGGCAGUUAUUCUAGUUUGGCAAUGUCAAAAACAGCUAGUACUGACGGUUCAAAAAAGUCAGCAAAGUCGGGAAAACAACCCAAAGUAAAGCCAACAAAAGCGAAAAAACAAUCAAAGCAAGUACAAAUUCCAUGCGUCAACAUAUCUCAGCAAAAUAUUACGUCCUGCGGCAGUUAUUCUAGUUUGGCAAUGUCGAAAAAAGCUAGUACUGACGGUUCAAAAAAAUCAGCAAAAUCGGUAAAACAACCCAAAGUAAAGCCAACAAAAGCGAAAAAACAAUCAAAGCAAGUACAAAUUCCAUGCGUCAACAUAUCUCAGCAAAAUAUUACGUCCUGCGGCAGUUAUUCUAGUUUGGCAAUGUCGAAAAAAGCUAGUACUGACGGUUCAAAAAAAUCAGCAAAAUCGGUAAAACAACCCAAAGUAAAGCCAACAAAAGCGAAAAAACAAUCAAAGCAAGCAGAAAUUCCAUGCGUCAACAUGUCUCAGCAAAAAAUUACGAUCUGCGGCAGUUAUUCUAGUUUGGCGAUGUCAAAAAGAGCUAGUACUGACGGUUCAAAAAAAACAUCAAAAUCGGUAAAAGAACCCAAAGUAAAGCCGACAAAAGCGAAAAAAAAAUCAAAGCAAGUAGAAAUUCCAUGCGUCAACAUAUCUCAGAUAGAACUACCGCCCUGUGGCAGUUUAUCUAGUUUAGCAAUGUCGCGAAUGAGUAGUACAAAUGGUUCAAAAAAAAUUGGAAAGUCGGUAAAACAACCCAAGGUAAAGCCACCGAAAACACCAAAAGCUUCAAAAGCGCCAAAAAAAUCAAAACAAGCUACAGCGGUUGAAUCCCCAUGUAGUGUCUGUCAGGAGGAAUUACUGUCAUCCGAUAGUUUAUGCAGUUUAACAAUAUCAGCAACGUCGGUAAAAUCAUCAAGAGCAAAGUCUCCAAAACCAGCAAAAGUAAAAACAUCAAAACAAGAAAAAUGUUCAAAACCAUUAAAACCAACUAAAUUGGUUGAAUCCAUAUGUCCUAUUUGUCAGCAGAAAUUAAGGGAAUACGACAGUUUAACUAGUUUAGCAGUAUCAGCUACAUCGGUUAAAUCAUCAAAAGUAAAAUCACCAAAACCUGCAAAAGUGAAGUCACCAAAAGUAUCAAAACCAGCUAAAUCAGUUGAAUUCCCAUGUGGUAUCUGUCAGCAAAAGUUAUUGUCUUCCGUCAGUUCAUCUAGUUUAGCAAAAUCAGCAACGUCGGUAAAAUCAACAAAACCAGCAAAAGUUUCAAAACCAUCAAAAGCCAAUUCGGUUGAAUUCCCAUGUGGUAUAUGUCAGCAGAAAUUAACGUCUUCCGAAAGUUCAACUACCUCUAGUUCAGGAGUAUCAGCAACGUCGGUGAAAUCGUCAAAAGUAAAGCCAACAAAACCAGCAAAGGUGAAGUCACCGAAUCCUGCAAAAGUUUCAAAACCACCUAAAUCGGUUGACUUUCCAUGUGGUAUCUGUCAGCAGAAAUUUAUGUCCUCUGAAAGUUCAAUUAAUUCAGCAAUGUCAGCAACAUCGGUAAAAUCUUCAAAACCAAAACCUGCAAAAGUUCAUAAACCACAACAAGUUUCAGCAGAAUUCCCGUGUGGACACAUCUGUCAGCAAAAACUGACUCCUGCUGGAAGUCCAGCGAUAUCACAAAGUGUUAGUCCAUCUAGAUCAAAAGUAAAAACUAAAUCUAAAGCAGCGUCAAUACAACCGCCUCCAUCAGAUUUCCCAUGCGGCCACGUCUGCCAACAGAAAAUUUUGCCGCCAAUGAUUUCACGUGAAGAGUCACCUAAACCUAUAUGCAGGACCACCGUCAAAUUAAAAGAUCCCGGCAGUUACAAGGGCGACCAAGAAGGAGUGAUCAGCGUAGCGCAAUAUGAGAAAAACAAAAGAAAAAAGAAGAAAACCAAGCAACUGUCCACGGAUGUGUGUUUGCCAAUCUGUGGCAAAGAUGACAAAAAGAAGAAGGAACGAUUUCAAGUGGUGGACUGUGUCAAAGGGUCCAGAUCAGUUAAAGCCACCAUCAUUACAUGCCAGUGUCCGAAACCAGAGCCGUCAAAGAAACGUGGAGCCUUGGCGUGUGUCCUGGAAACAAUAUGCAAAUCCCUGAAACCAGUGCCACCUACACCACAAGUUACUGUCCUGCCCCCUACAGGGCCUUCUAAGUGUCUGCAGAAUGUCCUCCUGACGUGUAAAUGUCCAGCGCCUGAUUCAGCGUGUACAGCGGUGGCAGAAAGUCCCCGACCGACUGGUGCCGAGACAGGUAGCGAACAGGCGUCGUGCAAGCGGAGCCCCGAGCUCUGUGAGGCCCCGGCCAACCGGGGCUUCAAGGUGCAGGUCCAAAGAAAGGGCCCCGCGGGGCUCGCAGCGUGGUGCCCCCUCCUCAAUAAAUGCUGAAUUGUGCAAACUGUCACGUACUGUCAUUUAUAAUAAAUAGUCAGUAAACUUUCA